AUGGGAGCGGCGCUUGAUGCUCUGAAUCCACACCAGCCACUGACAUCUCGACGACCAGCUUCAAACAACUUACCAGGUUUCGAGCUUCUCCAUCCCCAAGUGUCGCAGUCACAAAAAUUUUCACUCCCUUCAAAUACUAACGUACAACAACCGUCUAGAGUUGGAAACCUAUUAACCCCACUAUCGAUCUCAUCAUCAGACGCCGGAUCCAUACCCGCGUUCGCGAGCCAUAGUUCUGUCUCAUCCGCGCAGGCUGCUCCUUCGUAUUCGCAAAGUUAUUGGUCAACCACAAGUAAUUUUGGUCCUGGUAUGAUCAACCAGCCCUGGCCCCAGUCCUAUCCUUCAAGGAGCGGGUUUUCACCACCCUCAUCAUUGGCAGGUCGAAAUACUUCGAGCUCCCCGACCACAGCAGAAAGCUUAACACCUACGUACGAUAUAAACCAUCGUACCUACUUUCAAUCCGGCAUUCCUGGCCCACCGACAUCAUCUGGCCCUUCGCCAACAACACAGCAGCCUCAACAGACUAUGGCGCAUAUCUUGAUGAAUGCGCAAGCCACUGCGGCGACGGCACCACCGACUCUACCGGCGCAUAACAAUGUCGAUGCUUAUGGACAGAAGCUUCCAUCAACCCCACUUUAUGGUGGACCGCAACAUACUACACACCAUCAAUCCCCUUUCCAUCCAUAUCAGAGUAAUGGCGGUCCAGCUAUGCACCAUUCUAGUGCGAACGGUCCAGUAUCGAGGAUCUCGCCGAUCCAAGUUCAGCUACAAAAUGAAGGACCACACCAAUUAGCCCAAUACAGUAGCCGACCAUAUCCAUCCUACUCUUUACCUGCAAUGAGCGGACCAAUUAUGACAAAUGUACACAACCCUGGCAGUCAAAUGACGCUUAUGGGAUCUAUGCAGCCAAAUCUGUUGCCAGCCUUCAACAGCGGCCAUGCAGCUGCUAUGAGCGGCAUGUACAAUGGACAUCCCCAUCAUAUGCAUGGGCUUAUGCAACAUCCCCAGCCCGACGAUAGGCCCUACCGAUGUGACCAGUGUUCUCAAAGUUUUAGGCGCAACCACGACUUGAAAAGGCAUAAGCGCAUUCAUCUGGCGGUUAAACCGUUCCCAUGCGAUCACUGUGCUAAGAGUUUCUCGCGAAAGGAUGCAUUGAAGCGACAUAUUCUUGUUAAAGGCUGCGACAAGGAAAAGGACAAGGACAAGGACUCUCAGUCCGAUAAAAGGAGUUCUACGACUGCUACCUCCCCAGUAAUAUCGCGUAAGGACGGAGGCGCAGGCAACCCGACCAAUGUUCGUUCUCAUAAUUUCAAAGGAAACCAGGCUUUGAAAUCGCAUUCAUGA